AUGACUGUUAAGAACCAUUGUGGAAUCGUCGGUCAGACUAUGACAGAAUCAUUUCUUCCCUUUACUCCAGGCCAAAUCUCGACCUUCAUCUUCGACGCUGAUGAGCUGGGGUACGAGCAAGCGAGACUCCGGGGAGAGAUCACAGCGGAAGCGCAAGAGCGGACGUUUCGAGCAGCGAGGACAGAUGUUGGGACCAACGCCCAGAACGCGAAUGGCGACUAUCUAUACCAUCCACUAGAUGUUGCGGACCUCGAAUGUCCAACAACCGGCUACGGGAGGUCAACGCUGCCAGAUGGCAACAUCACAACGACAGUUGGACCGCCGUGGCUGCCGCUGAUAGUCCCACCAAAGGAAUUGAUCUAUCUCAAUCCAGAAUGGCGAUCGGCCUGCAACAACACGAUCGGUCAAGUCCUGACAGAUAGUUUCGCUAUAUUCGAUCCACCUCGAGCUUUGACUCCUGGGCAGGCGUUAGGUUCAUCGCGAUCUUCCGAGAAUCAAGCGGCAGCGCAGACGACAGCGGAAAGCCCACAAUCAGCUCCCACGAUCCAGCCUGGACAGCCGGUGGCUACAGUCGCUGCGGCCACGGGUACGCCGCAGAGUCAACGCAAUAAUGAUCCACCGCAACAAGGGAAGUCAUUUGCCGAUCAGUUUUUUGAUACCAAAAACGGCGGCAAUUCUGUAAAUGGCGCCACAGACCCUGCAUUGAAAGAAGAUCCUAUAUCUAAAGCAGGCCCAGGGGCAAAAGGAGUUCCAGCUGGAAAAGAAGAAGACAAGGGGACACAAGAUCCUCAAGAACCCGACCAAAUGGCAAAGCAAGGCAAUGUAGGCGCGGUAGACCCAAAACAAAUGUCCAGCAUCCCACAAAGUAGCGUAAGCCUUGCAAACAAAAGUACAGAAGAUACAGGAAGCAAAAAACCCGAUUCAGACCCACAGGGUAUGACUCCUGUUGACAGCCCAAAGGAUCCAACAUCAAACGGAGAAGAUGGGCAGGUCGAAGGACCACAAGACCCUCAGAAAAUGGUUGGAUAUGGUGAUGAAGGCGUGGCAGGAUCGAAAGAUAUAUCGAGCACUCCGCAGUUGAAGGCAAGCCCUCCAACGCAGACCACCGAAUACCCCGGAAGUAAUAGGCCCUAUUCAGGCCAGCGAGUUUCUACGGGAAGUGAGGCAAACAGCGUUGAUUCGCAAGACGGACCAGUGGGGCAGGUCCUGGAAAAUGGAAUAGCAAUGGACUCGGCCAUAAGUAGCUUGAGUCCGUCGGUAAAACCGAGCUCAGGGUCGCCUGAAGUUGGCGAAGCAGAUCCUAAAGUCGACGAAGCAGGUUUAUCAGGCUCUGAUACGUCAAGAGGAAACAAGGGAGUGACACCUCAAGCUUCCAACAUCUCAGCCUCAGUUACGGCCUCGCCUCCAGACUCUUCAGUAUCUGCAUGGUCCAAACUUCUAGACGAGAUCCAAGUGCGUCCUACAGGAGAGACUCUAGCACAAGGUAGUGGUCGUCUGUUCUUCAAUGGUACCAGCGCCCUUUCAAUCACUUCGAGGACCGCGACAUUGAACAGCACGGGGAUAUCGAGCUCAGAGGGUCGAGUGUCGUCUUCAACAAGCUUGGAGACAAGCAAAGCGUCUACUAGUGGUAGUGAAGCAGGUGGUGAAGGCACCGAUGGUAAUACUGAAACUGAAGGGGGUCUUCCUCUCCCACCCUCGGUGAUCCCUGUGACUGCGACUGUGUCAUCGGAAAGCGCUGGAGCGAAAAGGAAGAUACCACGUCCAUACUGCAUUGCCAACGUUGUGACAGCGUGCUGUGUGGUCGGCCGACUCUGGGGAUUUGGGUAG